AUGGACGAUGCCACAGUCCUAAGGAAGAAGGGUUACAUCGUUGGGAUCAAUUUGGGGAAAGGCUCUUAUGCUAAAGUGAAAUCCGCUUACUCCGAGCGCCUGAAAUUCAAUGUGGCGGUCAAGAUCAUCGACCGCAAAAAAACACCCACUGAUUUUGUGGAACGGUUCCUGCCCCGGGAGAUGGACAUCUUAGCUACCGUCAACCACCGCUCCAUCAUCAAGACCUACGAGAUCUUUGAGACAUCCGAUGGGAGGAUCUACAUCGUCAUGGAGCUCGGGGUCCAGGGAGACCUCCUGGAGUUCAUCAAAUGCCGGGGCGCCCUGCACGAAGACGUGGCGCGCAAGAUGUUCCGCCAGCUGUCCUCGGCCGUCAAGUACUGCCACGACCUGGACGUCGUCCACCGAGAUCUCAAGUGCGAGAACCUCCUCCUCGACAAAGACUUCAACAUCAAGCUGUCCGACUUCGGGUUCUCCAAACGCUGCGUACGGGACGGCAACGGACGCAUCAUCCUCAGCAAGACCUUCUGCGGAUCGGCGGCGUAUGCGGCGCCCGAGGUGCUCCAGGGCAUCCCCUACCAGCCCAAGGUGUACGACAUCUGGAGCCUGGGCGUGAUCCUCUACAUCAUGGUGUGCGGCGCCAUGCCCUACGACGACUCUGACAUCAAGAAGAUGCUGCGCAUCCAGAAGGAGCACCGCGUGGACUUCCCGCGCUCCAAGAACCUGACGGGCGAGUGCAAGGACCUCAUCUACCGCAUCCUGCAGCCGGACGUCACCCGGCGACUGCACAUCGACGAGAUCCUCAGCCACACCUGGAUGCAGCCGCCCAAGCCCAGAGUCAUGCCCUCGGCCUCCUUCAAGCGGGAGGGGGAGGGGAAGUACCGGGCAGAAUACAAGCAGCUGGAUGCCAGGCCGGCCACCAAGCAAGAACACAGGCCCGAUCACAAACUAGGAGCCAAGACUCAGCACAGGCUGCUGGUGGUCCCCGAGAACGAGGAGACCAAGCCUGAAGAACGGCUGGCUGAGACGUCCAAGACCAAAGACCAUCUGUCGGGAUCUGAGGUGGGGAAAGCUCACAGCUAG